GGUACCAUCUACGCCGAAUAUGCACGGUUCAAAGAGUGAUUAUGGGUUUCGAAGACCUACAACUAGUUUUGCUAGAGCGACGGAAUUCCUGGGAACGAUUCGAGAAGAGACACGAGAAAACGCGCGGCUCAUUGAGAAUUUCGACGGGUUUUCCGAAAAUAUCACAGAAAAUUCUAAAAAGCCGAAAAAGUCGGCAACCUUUCACGGAUUACAGGACCUUCGAAAAUGCAAAGUUCAAAAUUGCUCAACACACUUUGUGACAAGUUCUGCAACGGCUUCUCCUUCGUCUUCGUCAUCGUCUUCUUCAGAAUACAAAAAAAAGGUGAAAAGAUUAAGCUCAAACCCAUUAUCAUCUUCAACAUCAUCAUCUGAACCGUCCACGUCAACCAGGAAACGAUCGAUUUUCCAUGAGAUGGGCGAACGAAUUCGCCUGUUCUCGACCGCCUCGUUCGUCUCACCAGCCACCACAUCAACGACGACGAGGUGUAUGGAGCAAGUGGGUGGUGGCUCGGGGUGUGGCGGAGGAGCACGACCAUCGGCGAUGACAGUCACCACGAAUGGAGGUGGUGGAACUGUGAUCGGGCUCACGAAGUCGCAUUCAUUGAAUAGUUUUGAAGAUUCUACAGCAUCAGUAUUUGUCUCAACAACGACGCGGUGUCAUUCGGGUAGAAAAGUGCAUCAAUUGAAGAAUCCAUCGAGAGUAACCGUAACGCAGGAGGAGGAAAAUCGAAAUUUCGAGAAGAAAAAAUCGCGGAUCGACGCGAUCGGAUCGUUGUUAUCGUUGCACGACGAGGAGCCGACGAGCAACUCGGGAAUGGACGCUAUGGACCUGGAGAAAGGGCUCGAAAAGGACGUAUCGCAGUUGGGAAUCCUUUGUCACCAUUGUUCGACAACCGACUUAACGUGUCCUAAAACUCAAAAGGAACUACCAUCUCCAUCAGCUUCAUCUGUAUACUCAUUGGCACGUUCUGACAUGUCGAACGAGCCUUUAUGUAGGAUUUGUCAUUGCUGUUGGCCUCCAGACUCAAAUGAUCCGCUGAUUUCUCCUUGUAGAUGUUCUGGAUCUUUGCAAUAUGUACAUGUGUCGUGUUUAAUGCACUGGCUCGACAUUUCGUCGAGAAAGCUGCAUCGGCCUGCAAUAUGCGAACUAUGCCUCUAUAAAUAUCGAAGACGUCGGGUGCUUAAAUACCGCGAAAUGAAGCUUCCACAGUGUGCGCAAGCCGACAUUCGCUUCUACACACUCUUCGUCGUCGCAAUUGUUCUCAUGAUAUUAUCCGCAUUCUCCACUGUCGUCUGUUUUCAGCUCGAGAAGAGCUACGGGUUAUCGUCGUCGCAAGGCGAGCUUAGGAAUCGUACUCAACCACUAAACGUGGAAGGCGUAGUGAGUGAUGUACCUCCGGCCGCUCCGCCGUCUCUCACAGCAGUAGCGACGGCUUCAGAAGAAUCAUCAGUACCGACAGUGGUGUUAGGUGCCAGGAAACGAAUUGGUGAUAUAACGGUUAAUGCCUCAACAAAAGACGAGUCUUAUCGGCGAGAAGAAGCCGAAAAUGUAUUGUCAACGGUGACGCUGAUCGCGGCGAUGGUGUUUUUCCUUAGCUUUUUCCUUGCAAUGUAUGCUCAUGUUAAGUCGGGUCUUUCAUUUUGCGGAUAUUUGACACUUUGCUGGAGUUCGAAUCUAGAAUGGUCAAUUGAAGAGUACAAGCACUCAAGGGACACGCAGUAUCUCAACAAGUUGGAGGAAUUGCGAAGGAAAAUUAAUGAAAAACAAAAGAAAGCCGCCGACGAAGUGGAACCGCUGCGGAGUUCUGUGAUUGUGCUCGAGUAGGCUUAUGGUCCUUCUUACCCACUAUUUAUCUCGUUCUAUUGUGACCAAAUUGUUUGUAAAAAUUUGAACUUUUUUUCAAAAAACUUGUUCCCAAAUCCCCUUUAAAACCACAUUUUCUUCUACUUCUCCUCCUUUUCAAUUCGGUUAUGUUGCCUUUAUGCAAAUGUUUGCAAAAGAAAUUUUUCUGUGUGUUUAUGUCUUCAUUCUUUUCGUUUCUCUAUCUUUUUCUAACUUUUUUCUUUUUUUUUUUGGAAUUUUUUUCUCCGUCGUGUCACUUUUUACCAUUUUAUGUAAUAAAUAUUAUUUGAUUUUGA